ACCAACUUAACUGAGCAUUUCACAGAGGUUAUGCUAAAAUGCGCUGCUCGCGUGCGCCUAAGCUCUAGAGUCACUGAGUCAGGACUGAGUUGACUCGCGUUCACUUUUCAGAGAGCUCACCAUAACUGCUAAAACCUCUCUCUACAGAGCAGGGGAACCAAUACAAUAUGCAUUUUCUUCUCUCUCUAAGGUUUUUCGUUUUCUCUCUCAUCACCGUUCUCUCACUAUGCUUCCAGAGCCACCGCGCCUCAGCCGCCGCCGCAACCACCAGAACAGCUAUCGGAUUCACCUACACGCCUUCUCCCGGCCUUCCGCCGCCGGAGCAGGUGGCCAAUUAUCUCAGUUCUCUCGACGUCGCCGCCGUACGCCUCGUUAAUCCAACUCCGGCCGCCGUCCGCGCCUUUUCAUACACCAACAUCUCCCUCCUCCUCUCCGUCCCCAACUAUUUGGUUCCCUCCUUCGCCAGAAAUCGCAGCUCCGCCACGCUCUGGCUCUACGAUCAUGUCCUCCCUUUCCAUCCUCGCUCUCGCAUCACUCUCAUUUCCGUCGGAGUUGACGUCAUCUCCUCCGCCUCUCCCGACGUCUCCGAUCCUUCCACCUACCUCAUCACCGCCCUGCGAAACCUCCGUCUCGCUCUCCGCGACUUAGGUAUCCACUGGAUAUCCGUCUCCACCACGUUCUCCUUCAUCAACGUCGUCGCCAAGACUUUUCCGCCUUCGUCCGGCGAGUUCCAGGAGCCGGUGAACUCGAUCAUCAUGAGACCGCUGCUCCAGUUCCUGGAGGACACAAACUCCUCCUUCCUCGUCAACCUCAAUCCCUACAACGUCUACAAGCUCCACGCGGAGAUCACCGUCGGCUUCGCUCUGUUCCGCGAAGGAGCAUUCAACUUCCGCGAUGACGUCAUCACCGGAGUCCGGUACCACAACCUGUUCGACAUGAUGGUGGACUCGGUGAUUACGGCACUGACGGUUUCCGGCCAUGAGGAUAUCCCGAUCGUCGUGACGGAGACCGGGUGGCCUUGCUCCGACGGCGGCAGCGGCAGCAAUCAACAAGCUGGGGCGACGCCGGAUGCGAGUGAGCUGUAUGCGGAGAUGUACCUGAAGGGACUGGUUUCACACCUGAAAUCAGGACUGGGGACUCCAUUGAGGAGAGAAGGGGUGGCUCAGACUUAUAUCUAUCAACUGUUUGAUGAAAUGACUGAGAAGGGAAAUGGCAAAGGGCAGCAAUGGGGAGUUAUGUACCCAAACUUGACACUCAAGUAUCAGAUUGACUUCUCAUCAGGUUCACAGAGUAUCAACCAUCACAAAAUCUCACGGAUUUUGAAGAUAAGUAUCUUUUCACUGCUACUCCUAAUGCUAAUGUAAAUUCCAUAGUUGCACCUUACAUUUUAGUUUAAAGAACAAAUUGCACAAAGGGAAUGGGAUCGAAACCAAUUAGUGAGAGCCUUCUCAUUGCUGCUUCCUUGUAUACAGCAACAAGCUGAUCCACUAAUCUGCAAGCCUCAUGUGCAUGACCAUUAAUAAAAUACUUCAAAAAUUACUCUAA